UCAGCCUCACCCCCCUCUCUAUGUAGCUCGUCCCAGUUCCCACACACAGAGACACACAUUACACCGGUUCAGUGUAAGUGCCAUGUAAACGCUCUCCCCCCGGACCCGGACUUUCGGCUCGCUGGAUCAGAAACCGCGGUGUGUGCAUCCGUUUUGCGUAGCGGCUCCGCCCGGUGUGCGGUGCGGACUGACUGCACACAUCUGAGAGUUUUAUUGGAUUGCCCGACAGCGGCGGGAGAGGACUGGUCUUACCCCCAACGCGGGACAAAGAAAGCGGGGGGAAAUUAAGGAAAAAGGAUAAGAGUGGAAUAAGAGAGGAGGGAACAUGGAUAAGUGUCUUUUCGCAUUCGCUUUCGGGCUUUUGAUGCUCGGUGGGUGCUCGGCCCGUGUGGUGACGGUGCCUCCUGGUCCAUUAAUCCGGGUGGAGGGCCAGCCAGUCUCCAUCAGAUGUGAUGUCAAAGAAUACACAGGACCUAGUGAGCAGGAUUUUGAAUGGAAUAUGUUAAAGGACGCGAAAGGGCAGAAGACAAAGAUAAUCUCCUCUUUCGACUCUCGCUACUCCGACCAGACUUACAGCAAGCGCGUGGCGUCUGGCGACAUUUCAGUGGUGCGUCUCCAAGACAACGAGGUGGAGCUGAAGAUUGCUGAGGUGAAGUUGACGGAUGCUGGCUUCUACGAGUGUCAAACACCGAGCACCGACUACGUCAUCAGUGGAAAUUAUAUGGCUCAGGUCCAACUCACAG